AUGGUGGAAAAGAUGAAUAGAAGGUGGUAUUGUGAAGCUGAGGCAGGAUAUGAACAUUCUGGAGAGCAUCAGACACAGCGUUUCUGGAAGGACUCCGCUAGACACCGAAGACCGUGUUGUGUAAGGAGAAGCGAAUCAGCUGUAUGUGAGGCAGAUCAGCUGUUCGCGAGAGCCGACUGCCGCAAGCGCUGGAGAAGUGCGGUUUUCUGGUCUUGUAACACCAUGUUUCAAACUCUACUUCUCAGAAGCAGGGCAGCUGCAUUUGUUAAGUCACUUCGCACUCCUGUAUUGAAAAGAGGAUUUUCCAGUCUGCCACCAUAUGUGAAAAAAGUCAGUGAUGUCAUCAAGCUCUCAAUUGGAGGAACGGUUGUGUUUGUUGGCAUCAACUUCUACUUCAAGAAUGAAAAGUUUUAUGACACCUGGGUGAUGCCCAUCUUCCACUCUGUAGACCCAGAAACAGCCCACAACUUAGCAGUGAUGGCAGCAAAAUACAACUUGGUACCAGAGGCAAAGCUGAAGGAGUCAAAGUUAUUGGAAUCCAGAGUGGUGAAUUUAGUGUUCAAAACCCCUAUUGGCCUGGCAGCAGGAUUUGAUAAGCAUGGAGAGGCUGUGGAAGGAUUGUUUCGUAUGGGAUUCAGCUUUGUAGAGGUGGGCUCUGUAACACCCCUGCCCCAGCCAGGCAACCCGAAACCUCGAG